AUGAACUUCAGCUUUAGUAUUCCAGCUCAGAACGGAAACCGCACAGGUGGGGGACAGACAGGUAAGUUCCUUAAUGGUUUGAAAGUUUACUGUCGAAUGAAUCCUGAGGAUUUCUGCCUCUACAAUGAGCUCUAGUGGUUAUGGUGCUUAGGAGUACCCCAUUUAACCGGUGGCCUUCAACAAUAUGCAGCAGCUAGUUAAGAAGGUAUCCAAAGGUAUUGUAUGGCAGAGCUUCACAAAUCCCAAGUGCCUGGUGACCAGCUGCCUGAGCUUGGAAGUGGGCAGAUGGCUCAUGAAAAGCGGAGGCGGGCAGGCAGCUCACGAACAGCUGAGGGAGACGGGCGACCAGCUCGGGCAGAGUGGAGGCGGCGAUGGAGCUGUCCUCUUCCUGCUCUGCUCCAUCACGCGCACUCCAAUGAUGUCACUCUGGCCCGGGCAGGGCGAUGGUCAGAGCAGCACCACUGGACCCCAGGGAAAGCAUCCACUCCAGCUCACCCAAAAAUAGGGACACUGGGUCACUGCCAGUGAGGAAACUAGGGCAGUAUGUACACUAAUCUGUUUGCCAGGCACUCUCCUCAAUAACUCUUCCCAUAGUGUCUCACUUUCUCGAAGGAAGGUAUUUAGUUUCUGACUUGGGCUGUUAGUGUCUUUUAUGUAUCACACAAUCUACUACAGGUUUCUUAUGCCUCAACCAAGAGCUCUCAGAGCUGUUAACAUAAUCCUUCCCAAUAACAUUCGCUCAUGGGAACUGACCCGAUCAAUGGGUCUAGAAAGCAAAAACACCCAACGAUUCAAGGGGAUGGACCUAUGGAAUAAUGAGAGGCCAAUUUGCGAAUUUCUAAGCAAAUAAGUACAUGUGGUGGUACGUACGCUUGUGCCCACACAGGCUCCCACACAAAUCCAAAUCCAUUUUUCCCCAUUUUAAAUUAUUUUACUGGUGUUACAUACCAACAUAAUACUGCACAUUCAUACCAAUCUAGAAAAAUAAAACUUUGUUUGAGAGCUGACUUUUUGUUUGAUGCAGAGUUUCUGCCACUUUAGUUUCUCAUACAAGUCCUCCUGUACCAUUUUAGUGAUUUUAUUCAAUCUUACUCUCAUAUUCCACAAGGGAGAGGUCCAUUAAAGGAACACUCCAUAUACCAUAACUACUGCAGCCCUCUGUAGAGUAUAUGGUACCAGGAGUGCCGCUGUCCCAGAGUUAUCAGUUUAAGUAGUUUGACUCUAUAUUUUUCUCAAAGCUGAAGAAUCCAUUUGUCAGUGUGUGUUCAAUAAGGCUACGUAUUCAGUUUAUUCCUAGGCUGAGAGUGACACGGCAUUGCGGCCGUAGUGGCUAUGGUGCUGGGGGGGGGGGAGGUUUGAGCUUUACAAAUGACUGUACCGAUGAUCUCUUAAUGCUAGCAGAUCCUUACAUGUCUAUGUAAGUGGCUUUCAGAAUGCCCCAUGAGCCAAAUUAGCCUAUUUCUGGAUAUUUGUUUGUGUGUGCAAACAUGAAACGUGUUCCUUUCUGUCUACCCAGUGUGUCCGGACCUCGUAGACAAAUACCUCGAGGAGACGUCCAUUCACUACGUCACGCCACGGACAGUCAGCAGCCCAGAGUGUGGCACCCAGCACCCUCAAACAUCAGGUAAGUCUCAGAGUGGCGAGGGACAAUCCUCAAUUUAUACAUUGCCGCAUUUCGAGUAAGUGAUCACAGAUAACUUCCUCCCCACACUUGUGAAUGGGAAUCCACUCUGGAGUAGAACACACUGCAGCAGCUAUCGCAGCUCCUGCCCUUAACCUGUACCUGUCCAGCCUGGUCCUCACUAGAAACCCGGGGAAGCCAUAUUCACAGAGCUGCAGAAUUAGCCGCCACUCCCCUCAAACAAAUCAUACGAAUAGCCCACCACUGACAUCCACAUACAUGCAAACAACCUCCACAAGCAGCUGCACACAUACCACCACCAAACAAAAGCUUUCAAUACUUACCCGAUUCCUAACUGUUCUCCCUUGGCUCUCUGCCUCCUGAAAUGUCAGUGAGAUGAAGUGGUGUUUAUAGAGUCCUUUAACAUAAAAUUCAGUCUUUGAAUCCUGAGGAAUGAGCACCACUCCUUGCAAUCAUUGGGGCACAGGUGAGGGUAUUGCACACGUCUACCUUUCUACCAGUUAUGUUCUUUCACUCUUUCAGCUCCUCCUCAACACCCUGUGGUAUGUUCCUCUACCCCUGGACAUCCUGUAUGCACUAAAAGGCCAGGCAGAGGAAGACCACCAUUAAGCAGCCACAGGAAGAGAAGAAAGUCCAUUACACCAGAUCCAAAGGAAAAACAGACAUGUGGUAUGUGGACAUGUCCAGUCAGUCAUUGCUUGAUGCUGAAUGUUCUCUUCUCUACCUCUCCAUAAUGUUAUGCUGGACCACAAUGCCCUGCUCUCCAAUGGAAUUUAUAAACGGGGAUAUUGGAAAUCUUGUUUGAAGAGCAGUGAUGUGCAACAACACAAAUAGGCAUGUGUAACAUUUAGACUGUGACGGCACUACACAUGCGCGUUACAUCACAGUAUGUUAGGGUAUGAUACCCAGUGGACUUAAAGCCGUGGCUUGAGGCUGUGCUGGCAAGUCUUCAAAUUAAUAAACUCUUACGCUUUAAGAAAAAUUAGAUGGUGGGGGGAGGGGGGAACAAAGGUAGGCACUGUAAUAACUUAAUCUUUGUUGUUUUUACCAUAGAUAUCCGCCUACGGGUCAGAGCAGAAUAUUGUCAACAUGAGACUGCACUUCAAGGAAAUGUGUUCUCCAAUAAGCAGGACCCUUUAGAAAGACAAUUUGAACGUUUCAACCAGGCCAACACCAUCUUAAAAUCCAGGGACCUUGGCUCUAUUAUCUGCGACAUCAAAUUUUCUGAGCUCACAUACUUAGAUGCAUUCUGGCGCGACUAUAUAAAUGGCUCAUUGUUGGAAGCCCUCAAAGGUGUCUUUAUAACAGACUCUUUAAAGCAAGCUGUAGGACACGAAGCUAUCAAAUUGCUGGUCAACGUGGACGAGGAAGACUACGAGGUUGGCCGCCAGAAAUUACUUCGGAAUUUGAUGGUGCAAACUUCACUGUGA